AUGGCCUCGAAGUUUUUCUUAAAUGGAGAGGUAUUAUACAAAAGGACCUCAGAUUUGAACCUCUUAAGGUGCGUCGAUGAAGAUGAAGCUCAAUACAUGAUGAAGGAGGUGUAUAGCGGCGUCUGCGGACCCCACAUGAAUGGACAUUUGUUGGUGAAGAAAAUCAUGAGAAUCGGGUAUUUUUUGCUUACAAUGGAACGCGAUUGCAUAGAUUUUGUCCGGAGAUGUAUUAAAUGUCAAAUGCAUGGCGACGUCAUACGCGCUCCUCCUACCGAGUUACAUAGCAUGAUUGCUCCAUGGCCCUGCUCAAUGUGGGGUAUGGACGUGAUUGGCACAAUUGACCCGCCUGCUUCAAAUGUGCAUCGAUUUAUAUUGGUGGCAAUUGAGUACUUCACCAAAUGGGUCGAAGCGGAAUCAUUCAAGCACGUGACAAAGAAGGUGGUGGCGAAUUUCUUAAGAGAUCACAUCAUAUGCAGAUUUGGGGUGCCGGAAACAUUGAUUACAGAUAAUGCCAAGAAUCUCAACAAUGAUAUGGUGGACGGGUUAUGCGAACAAUUCAAAAUCAGACAUCGCAACUCUGCCAUCUAUAGACCGUAG